ACAUCCUGCUCAGAUAUGAAAUUCUUCAUUGUGCUAGUACUCUGCUGCAGUUGUUUCUCGAGCACAGCCAAACCACUUCCCGCUGAGGAUGUUGACUGUGACCAUCCUGAAGUCUUUGAAGCUGUGGAUAUAGCCCUCAGAAAAUAUAAUCGUGACAAAGCAGAUGGCAACCAGUUCGCUUUGUACAUGGUGAUGGAUGCCCAGCGAACAGCAGGUCCUGGCGCACAGUUCUUUGUGAAGUAUCAAAUAAGAGAGAGCACUUGUGCCAUUGGGGAAGGCAAACCCUGGCAAGACUGUGAUUACAGAGAAUCUGUGGAAGCUGAAUCAGGAGAAUGUACCGCUGAAGUUUACAUUGACAAGACCCAGAAAAUAAGUAAUGUUUCACAGGAAUGCAGAAUCAGGCCAGCUCAUGUGUGUGCUGGAUGCAAACAACCCAUGGAUAGAGACAGUCCAGAUUUGCUACCCAUUCUGAAGCUUGCUGUUCAAAACUUCAACAAAAGAAGUCAGAAACGCUACCUUUAUGAUGUUGGUGAAAUAAUUAAAGCCACAAGUCAGGUGGUAGCUGGAAUAAACUAUGAAGUUGAAUAUAAGAUCAAAGAGACAAAUUGCUCAAAGGAUGAAUAUCAGGAUUUACAUCCAGAAUGCAAGCCCAUUUCUGGAGCCCUUGAAGGUCACUGUGAAGCCAAGGCUUUUGUGGAUCUUAGCAACACAAUUGCAAGCAUCGUAGAGAAAUGCAUGUUUCCAGGCCCACCAGUCUGUGUAGGCUGUCCAGUUCCAAUCCAAGUUGACAGUCCAGAACUGGAGGAAGUACUGAAGGCUUCCAUGGAGAAAUACAAUUCAGAGAGCACUUCUGAUUUCUACUAUAAAAUUGAAAGCAUAUUCCAAGCCACAGUCCAGAUAGUUGCUGGAAAAAAAUAUGAGAUACAUUUUGGUAUUCGGGAGACGAACUGCUCCAAGUCAGAAGUGGAGAAACUAAAUGAAGACUGUGAAGCUGUAAUUUCUAACAUAUCUUUAGACUGCACAGCAAAAAUACAUGUGGUGCCAUGGAAGCAGGAAAUCUUCCCUCAGGUUAACUGCACUGAAAUGGUCAUGGUUGGCGGCAGAUUUUCUAAUGGAUUCACCCCUCUCCGAUCGGCUAAGGAGCAUGAAAUUGAGGAUGGACAAGGGGCUGGGCAUGCAUGUAGGGUUGGACAUGGACAUGGCCAUGGGCAUCGGUUUAAGCAUAGACCUGAGCAUGGAGAGAGGCAUGGAAGAGAGCAUGAAAUUGGGUGCAGGCAUAAAAAACAUCAUAAGAAGGACAAACAUAAAGACUCCAAAGACAAGUCUUCUGAAGAAACAGAGGAAAAGGUCCCUUGCCCAAGUGAAAGCCAGCCACCAAGCGUAGACGGAGGUCUAUUGCAGUCAGAUGCAUUAACUACUCCUGUGGUUAUGGUGGGUCCAGGAGAUGAUUUUUCUACCCCUGCUAUCCCUGCAGAACCAGUUAGACCUGCAACUGUUGAAAUUGCUUCUGAUAUUUUAUUAGAUAAGCUUCCAGAUCUCCCAGAACCCCCUGUUCCCAAGUGUCCUGGAAAGCCAUGGAAAUCAAUUAUAUAACUCAUAAAUCCUCCUGAAUAGUCCAGAUUAUUUACAAAUGAGGAUCUUUAACCUCGUGCAUCAGAAAAGCCCAAUUCAGCAUCAGAAAAACCUUCACCUAUCAAUACUGAUGUGGAUGAUUUUGACCUUGUGGGUGCUUUAUCCUUUUAAUUUGAACAGUCUGUGAUCCAUUUUUUCAGGCCAGAGAUAGAAAAUUAUAUAAUUAUUUUCUUUGGAAGCCAAAACAUUUCUUAGAAGAAUGGUUUCUAUAGUUACAUACAAUACUCAAGAAGGUCACUAGCAAAUCCUGAGAACAGAGCACAAGACAAUUCUCAGUACCUGAUUCACCCCUCACAAGGGUGUUCAUUAGGAGUGAGUCCACUGAAAUCUGUGACACUGAUGUAGAACAAGCAACAGUGAGAGGAAACAGUGGGUUUCUUUCUCCAGUCUUCCAGUGAAGUGAACUGAUUUAGGUAUUUGUGAGUCCUUUUUCUCAGAUGCCAAAAGUAUUACACUCACGCCCAUUGUGCUAAGUUUAAAAUACUAUGGGGACUGGUACAAAGAAUUCUGGGAAUUAUCUGAGGGAACCUAGUCAAAGGAUAGCUGUAGGGUGAGGAAAAGGAGGUCACACUGUGAAACAGGGCAAGACCCCUCCCUUGGGUAUUUAAAAUCAUCCGCUGGACUGACAACUGAAAAGCAAUAAAAUAUAAAUGUUUUACUAGUGAA